GUGGAGUUUUUAGAGUAUCUACUCUGAAGAGUCAAUGCAGUAGACAAUACCUUUUUCCCUUUUUAACUUUCUCACUCUCAUCUGCUUUCAUGGAACAAACAAAACAAGCUCAUCACUUCCAAAUUCUCCAUUUCAUCACUCUCAAUUCAUCAUCUUCUUCAGAUCUAAUCAAUUCCUAACUCAGAUUCACCACAAAUACUUGAACAAAACGAGAUUACCUUGACAUUCACGUCAUUACUGAUUCAAUCGCAAUCAUCCAAACCAAUGGAGAUGACGCAAGCACGAAAAUCGACUUCGAAAUACGCGAAUUCACCUUCUUCUUCAACAACUUCUUCAUCCAAACAGUUUCCAGAAGCUUCCGUUAAUGAUAACCUCAGCUCUCCGGCUUCAUCGAGUAUUCCGUUAACUGUUGAGAGAUCGAAGGAGAAUGUGACGGUUACUGUUCGGUUUCGCCCUCUCAGUCCUAGGGAGAUACGAAGAGGAGAGGAGAUUGCGUGGUAUGCGGAUGGAGAAACGAUUUUACGCAAUGAGGAGACUCCGUCGAUUGCUUAUGCAUAUGAUCGGGUAUUUGGGCCUACAACCACAACACGCCACGUAUAUGAUAUUGCAGCCCAACAUGUUGUUAGCAGUGCAAUGGAAGGUGUUAAUGAUCUUGUGGCAAUGGAGAUGGCUAUGGCAUGUGAGAUAAUGUUCGUCCUUAAAUGAACUAUUUUUGCCUAUGGUGUGACAAGUAGUGGAAAGACUCACACCAUGCAUGGUGAUCAGAGGUCCCCAGGAAUUAUUCCCUUCGCUGUAAAAGAUGCUUUUAGUAUUAUUCAAGAGACUCCAAAUCGCGAAUUUCUUCUUCGUGUCUCGUAUUUGGAAAUUUACAAUGAGGUUGUUAAUGACUUGUUAAAUCCAGCAGGACAGAAUCUAAGAAUACGAGAGGAGAGUCAGGUAAUACAUGGAGCCUUUGUUGAAGGAAUAACCGAGGAAGUUGUAUUAUCUCCUGCCCAUGUUCUUUCUCUUAUUGCAGCUGGAGAAGAGCACAGACAUGUUGGUUCAACAAAUUAUAAUUUGCUCAGCAGCAGAAGUCAUACAAUAUUUACUCUGACAAUAGAGAGCAGCCCAUGUGGUGAAAAUGGUGGAGAUGGCACUGUUAGCUUUUCACAGCUGAACCUUGUAGAUCUGGCAGGUUCUGAGAGCUCCAAAGCAGAAACCACUAGUGUCCACAGAAAAGAAGGAUCUUAUAUUAACAAAAGCCUGCUAUCUCUUGGAACCGUCAUAUCAAAAUUAACAGACGGGAAAUCUUCCCACAUACCAUACAGGGACUCAAAGCUGACCAGGCUUCUUCAGUCUUCAUUAAGCGGUCAUGGAAGAGUAUCACUCAUUUGCACUGUUACUCCUUCAUCAAGCAAUUCGGAAGAAACACAUAACACGCUAAAAUUUGCCCACCGUGCAAAAUACAUUGAAAUCCAGGCUGCUCAAAACAAGAUCAUUGACGAGAAGUCCCUUAUCAAGAAAUAUCAAAAUGAAAUUCGAUCUUUAAAGGAAGAGUUGGAACACUUAAAGGGGGGUGUUAUAACAGUUCCUCAACUGAAGCAUAGUGGAGGAGAUGAUCUUGCAAAACAAAAGCUAGAAGACGGUGAAGUCGAGUUGCAAUCUAGACUGGAGCAAGAAGAAGCAGCUAAAGAAGCUUUGUUAAGCCGAAUACAAAGACUGACAAAAUUAAUUCUAGUUUCCAACAAAUCGUCACAUGCAUCUAGAUUUUCUCAUCGCCCUCUUAGGAGAGGACAUUCCUUUGGGGAAGAAGAGCUUGCGUAUCUCCCUCACAAAAGGCGUGACUCAAGUUUGGAUGAGGAAAACAUCGAGUUAUAUAUUUCUGUUAAUGGAAAUGUGGAAACUAACAAUGAUGUACUCAAGGAUGAGAAAAAGAUCAAGAAGCCUGGAUUGCUUAACUGGUUAAAACUGCGGAAACGAGAUAAUCUCUCUAGGGCUUUGACCAGUACAAGUGAUAAAUCAAGCGGAGUCAAAUCUAUUAGUCCACUUUCAACUCCUCCACCGGGUAACCAUAAUCCUCCUAUCGAAUCCAUACAUUCACACUCUGCUGAGUUCUUAUUGGAGCCCAAACUAGAUCAACAGACUGAUGAUGAUAAUAGUUUGUCACAUGAGACUCCUCCGUCUGUUAACGAGCAAGAAGCACAACUAAACGAGAAAGCCUUUGAACUUGAGGGUAGCAUGAAGACGAUUGACCAAAUUGAUUCCUUAAGGGAGCAAGAAAAUGUUUUGUCUGGUGAGGUGGCAAUCCAUUUAAGUACUGUAAAACGGUUAUCAGACGAAACUACACGAGACACCAACAACGAAUUCCCGAGCUCUGCUAGCGAGCUAGAAGCACAACUAAACGAGAAAUCCUUUGAACUUGAGGUGAAAACCACGGAGAAUCGAGUAAUACAAGAACAGCUCAACCAAAAGAUAAAUGAAUGUGAAGGACUACAAGAAACCAUUGCAUCCUUGAAACAACUUCUAUCAGAUGCACAGCAUAAGCCUCACACGGAAAACGAGGUUGCCAAAACAGAAGAAACAGAUGACGUUUUGCUUCGGCAAGCUCAGGCAUACGAGAUCGAAGAACUCAAACAAAAAGUGACCGAGCUGACCGAAUCAAAAGACCAAUUAGAAGCACAAAACCGAAAACUAGCCAACGACAGCUCAUAUGCUAAAGGAUUAGCAUCAGCUGCUGCAGUUGAGCUCACGGCUCUAGCCGAAGAACUUGCAAAACUAAUGAACCAAAACGAGAAACUCACGGCCGAGUUAGCCGCCGCUGCCACAACCAAACACUCGCCAACCCAACGUAAAACACCCACGGGUCCCACCAAAAAUGGACGAAACACAAGACCGAAAGAGCAAAGUCCGUCUCAAAUGGAAUUAAAAAGAGAACUUGCAUUGAGUAGAGAAAGGGAGAUGUCUUAUGAAGCAAUGAUAUCCAAAAAGGAUAAAAAGGAAACCGAAUUACAACAACGGUUAGACGAAUCGAAACAGAGAGAAGCGUAUCUCGAAAACGAGCUUGCGAACAUGUGGGUGUUGGUGGCUAAGCUUAAGAGACCACAAGGAGAGGAAAGCGAGCCAUCUGAGUCGAGUAGAGAGAGCCAAAGAGUUGAUGGUUGGGACCUCAUAUCGUGCCGGUCACCAACAGGCCUUUAGUCAUGUGUGUAAGUUAGUUCAAAUAUUAAAAGGAAUGAAUGAAUGAACAAAUAUAUCUUUGACGGGUGGUUAGUCGAGAUUUUGGGGGGGAUGUAAGAGGAUCAUUUGUUGAUCGGCUUUUUUAAUGUUAUUGUUAGAUAGAUUAAUAAAAUAACUGUUUACUCUUUUC